AUGCGCCCGAAGACCAUGGAAACCCCCGACAACACGAAGUCGGUCGGUUAAACUUUUUCCUAUUUAAAUUUCGAUUUUAUUUUCACGUUUCCGCAUCUUUCGUUAUUACUGGUCAGUCAACGGUUUUCCAUUAAUAUGGUGCGCUGAUAAUCUUCAGCAGUAAGGCUCUUGUUUUUCAGUGCCUCUUCUGUUUUUUCAAAGCUCUCUUUCUCUCUAAACCCAUAUUACUACAAUUGGAUUCACUUUCGCUGCAUCCGAAGCUUCCUUGGGUCAACUGUGAGGACUUCAUAUAGCCUCUUUCCCACAACUUCGUUGCAGAUUCCUGUGUCUCAUCCAGCUUUUUCAUUUGCGUCGACGCUUAAGUAAAAAAAAAAAAAAAAUCUUUGAUUUUCUUUGAGCCUUGAAGUUUUUUAAGUUUCCGUAUGAUUCUUUCUUGCUUGUUAACGAUCAAUUGAUUUGGUUAGGCAGAUGAUGGCUAACGAAUGUUCAAAUCAUACUGUCUUUGGUUCUGGAAUGCCAAUUGCUUGACGCUGUAUGAAAAUUCGUCGAUUUUGUUGUUUUUAGCUUUGUUUCAACAUUUUGAAGUGUUUUCCUGACUUGGGUCAUCUUAGUUUGUGGUUCUUUUGUUUGAAUUUAUGCCUCCUUUAGUCUAUCAUGCUUCUUGAUGGCGUCGAAGCCUUAUUAGCCCCAAGUAGGAUCCAGUAGAUCCCAAGUCAUGGAAAAUGGGAAUGAGUUGUCAUCUUCCUUGAGUUGGGAUGACAAUUCGUGGAUUUUGCUGUUUUAAGCAUUGUUUCAGCAUUUUGAAGUGUUUUCCUGAUUUGGGUCAUCUUAGUUUCUGGUUCUUUUGUAGAAUUUAUGCCUCCUUUAAUGUAUCAUGCUUCUUGAUGGCGCCAAAACCUUAUUAGCCUUUAGCCCCAAGUAGGACUCAGUAGAUUCCAAGUCAUGGAUAAUGGGAAUGAGUUGUCAUCUUCCUUGAGUUUUGCUUCGUCGUCUUAUCUAUCAAAUGGGUCUAGUUGUCAAGAUGUAUCUGCGGCCACCAGCUCCGAGAGUCUAAGCAAGCUCAGCACCAAUCUGGAAAAGUUAUUAGAUGAUGCCGAAUAUAACUAUAGCGAUGCGGCGAUUGUUGUUGAGGGCAUCCCGGUGGGUGUCCAUCGGUGUAUAUUGGCUGCACGGAGCCAGUUUUUUCACGAGCUUUUUAAGAAGGGAAAUGAUUGUUCGGUGAAGGAAGGCCGGCCAACGUAUCUCAUGACUGAAUUGGUGCCUUGUGGUGGAGUUGGAUAUGAAGCAUUCAAAGUUAUCUUGAGUUAUUUUUAUUCUGGGAAGCUUAAGCCAUCACCACCGGAAGUAUCAAUUUGUGUUGAUGAUGCUUGCGCACAUGAUGCAUGCCGCCCUGCUAUUAAUUAUGCUGUGGAAUUGAUGUAUGCUUCUGCAAACUUUCAGAUGAAAGAGCUUGUUCUGGUUGUUCAGCGUCGUCUCCUCAACUUUGUUGAAAAGGCUUUGGUGGAAGAUGUAAUUCCAAUUCUUGUGGCUGCCUUCCACUGCCAACUGAACCAGCUUCUCUCUCAGUGCAUCCAGAGAGUAGCAAGAUCAGAUCUUGAUAGUGUAUCUCUUGAAAAAGAGCUCCCUGAUAAAGUUUCAAGUGAAAUCAAAUCACUACGUCGCAAACCUCAGCCAGAGGCCAAUCCUAGUGUUGAGCAAGUGGAUCCCGUACAUGAAAAGCAUAUUAAGAGAAUCCACAGGGCUUUGGACUCUGAUGAUGUUGAAUUGGUGAAGUUGCUACUUAAAGAAUCUUGUAUCACUUUAGAUGAUGCUUAUGCACUCCACUAUGCUACUGCAUAUUCUGAUCCUAAAGUUGUAAAGGAGGUUCUCAACCUAGACAAGGCUGAUCUCAACCAUAAAAAUUUCCGAGGACAUAGUGUGCUUCAUGUCGGUGCAAGGCGUAAGGAGCCAUCAAUUCUAGUGGCAUUGCUGAGCAAGGGAGCCUGUGCAUCAGAAACUACUUCGGAUGGACAAACUGCUGUUGCAAUCUGUCGGAGGUUAACUAGGCCAAAGGAUUACAAUGAGAACACAAAGCAGGGGCAAGAAUCUAACAAAGACCGGAUAUGCAUCGAUGUUCUCGAGAGAGAAAUGCGAAGAAAUUCAAUGUCCGAGAAUUUGGCAAUCUCAUCGCAUGUGAUACCUGAUGAUUUGCACAUGAGGCUUGACUACCUGGAGAGUAGAGUGGCAUUUGCACAAAUGUUAUUUCCUCUUGAAGCAAGGGUAGCUAUGCAGGUUGCAGACGCAGAUUCAACCACAGUGUACACAGGUCUUAUAGCAUCAAAAGGCUCAAGUGGUAACUUAAGGGAGGUUGAUUUGAAUGAAACGCCCUCUGUACAAACCAAAAGACUCCACUUAAGGCUGCAUGCCCUGAUUAAAACAGUGGAGAUGGGUCGGCGCUACUUUCCCCAUUGCUCUCAAGUGCUUGACAAGUUCUUGGAGGACGAUAUGCCUGAUGCUUUCUUCCUCGAAGAAGGCACUCCCGAUGAGCAGAAAAUCAAGAAGAUGCGCUUCAUGGAACUUAAAGAUGAGGUGCAGAAGGCAUUUUCCAAGGACAUGGCUGAGAAAAAUCUGCCAGGUUUGUCACCCUCCUCAUCCUCCUCAUCUUCCCCGAAGAAGGUUGCAAAUUACAAGGUCAGGAGAAAGUAGUGAAGAAGUUCAUCUUAACUGUAUUUUUCAAGGAAGCCAUGAAAGUUUAAUUUUUGCCUUUCUUUUUUGAUGUGUAUUUUUCCUCAUAUGUGUUCUUAAGGAGCCUAAAUCCUUGCUUCUGUGUAAACAGUAGAAUGAUAGCAAACCUACAAUACAAUCUCUCGAGUUACUUGGCCUAUGAAAUUGUAUAAAAAAUAUAAAUGUUGAGAGACAAAUGGCUCUAACUAUUUUCUCUACUC